GCGAUUGAAUCCAAGAAUAUCUUUUAUCGUUUUGUUUAGGUUUAAAUAUGCAGAACUGAAUCUUCAAACAACAAUGGCUUCUUCCUUUCGUAGGAUUCUCCCUCUCUCUUCUUCAUUUCAUAAAAUUUGCUCAUACUCGUCCAUUAUAACUCCUCAAGGGUUUAUAAUCAGAGAAUUUUGUCGAAACAUAGCGGCAACUGUCGAGGAAACAGUGUUGAGAUUUGGAAAUGAUGUUGAGAGUAACGAUAAUUUCAUUAAGAUUCGUCAUGAGUUUGAUUCUGCUAAGAAGAGCUUUCUCAAGAUUCCAGAAGCACUCAAUCUUAUGCCUAAAAUGAAUCCUGAAGGUAUAUAUGUGAAUAAGAAUCUUAGAUUGGACAAUAUACAAGUCUAUGGUUUCGAUUAUGACUAUACAUUGGCUCAUUACUCUGCCAACUUGCAAAGUUUGAUAUAUGAUCUUGCAAAAGAACACAUUGUAAAUGAGUUUAAGUAUCCAGAGAUUUGUUCAACUUUUAAAUACGAUCCAUCCUUCCCAAUCAGAGGACUGUAUUAUGAUAAGCUAAAGGGGUGUCUCUUGAAGUUGGAUUUUUUUGGGUCUAUUGAGCCUGACGGGUGCUUCUUUGGUCGUCAAAAGCUUAGCCGAAAGGAAAUAGAAGAGAUGUAUGGGACACGGCAUAUUGGCCGAGAUCAAGCUCGUGGAUUAGUUAAAUUGAUGGAUUUCUUUUGUUUUAGUGAGGCGUGCCUUAUUGCAGACAUUGUCCAGCACUUUGUAGAUGCUAAAUUGCAGUUUGAUGCUUCCUACAUAUACGAAGAUGUCAACCGUGCGAUCCAGCAUGUACACCAAAGUGGUUUGGUUCACAGGGGAAUUCUUUCAGUUCCUCAGAGAUACUUAGUAAAAAAUGGCCAGAUGCUACGCUUUUUAAAAAUGCUAAAGGAGAAGGGAAAGAAACUGUUCUUGAUGACUAAUUCUCCAUAUUAUUUUGUUGAUGGCGGGAUGCGUUUUAUGUUGGAGGACUAUAUGGGUAAGGGAGAUUCUUGGAGGGAUCUUUUUGACGUUGUGAUUGCUCAAGCGAAUAAACCAGAGUUUUACACGUCAGAGCAUCCAUUCCGUUGUUAUGAUGCCGCAAAAGACACCUUAGCCUUCUCGAAGGUGGAUGCUUUUCUUCCAAAUCAAAUUUAUUACCAUGGAUGUCUAAAAUCAUUCCUCCAAAUUACCAAGUGGAAUGGUCCUGAGGUGAUAUAUUUUGGGGAUCAUCUAUUUAGUGACCUGAGAGGACCUUCGAAAGCUGGUUGGCGUACUGCUGCCAUCAUUCAUGAGUUAGAGAAUGAAAUACGUAUACAAAACGAAGACAGCUACCGUUUUCAACAGGCAAAAUUUCACAUUGUACAAGAGCUGCUUGGGAAAUUCCAUGCAACUGUAUUAUCCGAAGCUGGGAGAGGAAAAGCUUAUGACUUGCUUUUGAAGGAAUUAAAUGAUGAGAGGCAGUUGGCACGGUCUAAGAUGAAGAGAAUGUUUAAUAGCUCUUUUGGUGCUACCUUCCUCACUGAUACUGGUCAGGAAUCUGCUUUUGCCUACAACAUUCAUCAAUAUGCCGAUGUCUAUACCAGCAAACCGGAGAACUUUAUGUUGUAUCCGCCAGAAGCAUGGCUUCAUGUACCUUUCGACGUGAAGAUCAUGCCACAUCAUGUGAAGGUUCCAUCGAAUUUGUUCAAGACUUGAAAGUAUAUAGAUGUCCCUGUUACAUCAGUCCGCUGUUAGAGGAAUGGACGAGAAUCCUCGCAUUCUUUUGCUUUUUGGCAUUUUUUGGUUGGAAAAAUUGAGGCUGAGAGAUUUUUCUGCACUAGUAUCCAACCUCUUAAAGGUUUUGACAUAGUGAAAUUAACACUGAUCAGUCGGGCAAAAGUAUAAUCAUCUUUAAAGGUGUGCUGAAAAGAUAGUUGCACGAGAAGAGAAGGUUGCGACUUUGUUGUUGCUGAGAAUCUCUCUCAGACAUCUAAUUCAUAAGAACUAAUACAAUGAUGUAUAAUUCUGUUAGAGCUGAUAAUAAUGUUAUACUACUAUUGAUCAUAAAUUCUUUAGAAUGAACUGAAUUAUAUUGAAAUACAUUAUCUCAAUUCGAGAA